AUGGCCAGUUUUUCUUUUAUUUUUGUGAUUUAAAAAAGGAGCCAAGGGAACUUUGAACUGUGACGUUUUCAUUGAUGACGUUGUUUCCGCUUGCAACCCGGGAAAACCAUCAGCGAACAAGAAGAAAAUAAACAAUAAGGAUUACAGAGUAGUACAAUGGAACGAAAGAGGACAACAAAUCUGCAUCAGGCGUUAGAGUAUUUCUUUGAAUUGGAAGAAGGUGAAAAUGUGGUGUCGUUAGAGGACGAAACUUUAUCCUCCGACUGGAGUUGCGGGAGUGACAGCAGCGAGGAUGACGAGCAGCCAUCCACUCCCACUGCCUCUCAACCAACUUAUGUACAGCCUGUGGCCAACCCAGAGACAGCUUUGGGAGCGCUGCGCCCCCAGCUGGGCAGUAUAAAGCAGGAACACGACGACACAGAACCGAUUAAUGACCAAUCAUGUGACGAGAGGCCAGUAUCGGCACCAAAGCCACGGAGAGGCAGAGGGAGAGGACGUGGGACCACAAGGGGUCAGUCAUCUCGCUCCAGAACUCCACAGCCGGCUCAUGGCUGGAAGUCUGGAGAUGAACUCGACACCGCUCCGCCACCAUUGAGAUUCAAGCCACUAAGGACCCAGGGUGUACAGGUGGACACCACAGUGGAGCACACCCCCCUCAACCUUUUUCAGCAGUUUUUCCCUCCAGCAGGGGUCAGAGAAAUCUGCCAGAACACCAACAAAUAUGCUGCACAAUAUGCAGCUGAAAAAAGGUACACUUGGCAGGAUGUAGAUGAAGAGGAGUUUAAUAAGUUUUUGGGUCUGGUGCUGUUCACCUCAUUGGUGAAACUGCCAAGUGUACAAGACUAUUGGAAGCAGAACGAUGUCACUUCUCAUCCUUUUCCAGCUUCGAUCAUGACUCGGCUACGUUUUCAGACACUGACAUGGAACCUUCACCUAAGUGACGUGGAGAAGGACCUGGAGAAUGACAGGAAGAAGGGUGGGCCUGAGCAUGACAAACUGUUCCGCAUACAGCCACUCUUCGAACAUGUUCGUGCUGCCUGUAAAGCAUCCUACCACCCAAGGAGGCAGCUUGCUAUAGACGAAAGGAUGGUUGCAACAAAGGCAAAAGCAGGCUUCCCACAGUACAUGAAGAACAAGCCAACCAAAUGGGGGAUAAAACUCUUUGUGUUGGCAGAUUCCAGCAAUGGUUACACUGUGGACUUGGCUGUUUAUGUUGGGAAGGCAUCUAACCCCAGUGCUCAUGGGCUAAGCUAUGAUGCAGUGAUGAAUCUGGUGCAACCAGGCUUUCUCGGCACUGGAUACCACAUCUAUAUGGACAACUUCUACACCAGCCCAAAGUUGUUCACUGACCUGGCAAGCAUGAAGUUUGGGGCCUGCGGCACAUACCGGGAGAACCGGAGAGGGUGUCCUCCUAGCCAGGGAGUCAUCUCCAAGAAGUCCCCACGUGGAACAAUGCGGUGGAUCAGGCAGGACUCAACAGUGUUUGUGAAGUGGAUAGACACAAGGGAGGUGUCGAUGUGUUCCACCAUUCACCCUGCGAAUGCUGGUGACACGGUGAGGAGGAAGGUGAGGAGCAAGGGUGGAGUGUUGAAGGUGGUUGACGUCCCUUGCCCUACUCCCGUCAUGGAGUACAACAAGUACAUGGGUGGAGUUGAUCGACUCAUCCAGUACUAUUCAGUGCACAGAAGACAAAGCCGGUGGUACCGCACUGUCUUCCUACACCUCCUGGAUAUCGCAAGCACAAAUGCAUACGUAAUGCAUUUGGAGCUUGCAGCCGUCAGGAACCAGCCGAGGCUGUCCCACAAGGACUUCAUGGUGGAGCUGGUGAAACAGCUCUGUGGAGCUGAAAAAGCAGGCGUUCCUGUGAAAAGACAAACCAGCCAUGUUCCAACUGCAUGUGCUGCAGAGUUCAGCAGCUCCAACAGGGCCACAGUGGGGCGCAGGCGGUGCCAGCAGUGUGCACAAAAACGGGUGCGCAACACCACUCCCUGGAAGUGUCAGGCAUGUGACACUCCCCUCUGUCUAUUGCUAGACAGGAACUGUUUUGCUGAGUGGCAUGCAUAGAUUAGCAUGAAGAUGUGUCUUUGUAUAUUUUGUUAUAUGGUUGUAAUAUAGUGCUCCCUAUUUCCUGUUGUCAGAAUAAGUAUUUUUAAUCUUUGAUCACUGUGUUUUUGUCUGUGAGAGCAAACAUAAAAGCUUUCAAGAAUUUGUUUAUUAUGUAAUAUAUUAUUAUUUAUUUUUACUUUACUACUUUACUACUACCUUGACAUGAAAAUCCACCUGAAAAUUGAAGUUGUUAUUUAUGUUUUUUAUCGGUUUUUAUUUCUGUCUCAAUAUAUUUGUUCAGGUUUACAGUUUUAGAAUAC